CCAAGAUGGUGGACGGCCCUGGGGAAUCUCGGGAAAAGGGCUCAUCAAGAGUCAAAUCAAGCCCCUCUGCGGGCAGCAAUAGUCCACAAAAGUGUUUAGAUGAUAAGACAUUGUCUACGAAGGAUGACUCCAGCCUUGCGUCACUAAAUCUGAAGUAUAACAUCAGAUCCAAAUCGACCCUUGGGAGUGUGCUCAUUGACUAUGGUCUUCCCGAGGAGAAGAAAAAACGGCAUAAGAAGCGUGAACCAGACACCAAAGUGAGACCCCCUCAGAGACGUCGGAGAGAAACAUAUGAAGAUGAGAGAGAUCGGGAGAGGCGUCUCUACAGAGAGAAGAAAAGCCAACAGGUGGUGGAUGACCUGGACUCAUUAAAGGACCACUACUACGCAAAGUACAUGAACAUGUUAAAUGAGAGGGUUAAAAAGCAGCAUGUCGAUUUUAAGCGGAGAUCUGAGGAUCAACAGAGGCAGCUGCAGGAGGAGAAGGAGACUGCAAGUCAUCGGGUCAAGAAACGCCUCACAAGAUCUGAUCUUUCAACAGAUAACUCAUUUAUGAAAGAUCUUCACAAGUCACAGUUUCAUGAAAUUCUGGCCAGAGAACGAAAGCUUGCAAAGGAAGGCAAAUUAAAAACGUUGACCGACUCUGAAUUAUUCUGGUCAAAGGAGUUGAAUAUCCCCACAAGCAUCAAAGACGAUUCACAGAGACGUGGAAUUCAAAAUAAUUUGUUAUCUAUGCUAGGUGGUGAUUCAUCAGAGAAUUUCAGCUUUACAGACCAGGACUCCAUCAACAGCUUGGAUGACACUCAGCAACCUGCCACCAACCUCAACUUGUAUCAAAUCGAAGAAGUCUCAGAGUCGAGACCAAGUACCCGGGAGCAACAGACUGGGAGAUGGGCUGUCACACAGCAGGCUCAACAUAUUUACAAGCAGCCCACAAGAGACAAGGAACGAAGACGUGGCUCUAUGAAUUCACAGGCCAGAAAGACGAAAGAUGAAGUAGAAAUACAGUUUCCAAGGGUUGAGAUGCCUAAAUUGCACUGCUUCACAAUGAGUCUGGCCAAGCCACCGCCUGAUCUUGUUGAGGAAAGACGGAAAGCUGAUUUGGCCAAUAGAGAACGAGAGAGACGAGUCUUCCUUCGUAAAAUACAGAAAAUGUAUCAACUUGCCAUGGCAAAUACAGCAUCAGCAAACAGAAUUUUAGACAAACAUGACCCAGAUGACUUAUUCCUGUUGAUGGAAGGCCCCAAUGUCAGUGACAAAACGAGCCAUUACGCAUUAAAACCAAGCCCCUUCCAUGAUGAAGCCAACAUUGAUCAUUUCUUCCUGACACAUACCGAUCAGUCUUGGCCGCCAGGAAAGUAUGGCAUUGCCACGAUACCGGAGGAGCGGGAAUCCGAGGUGCAGACGCGGCAGUCUUUCAUCACGCACCAGACACACACCGAGGAGAUUACCGAUCGAACCGGCAGCGGUGUUAGCGCACCGUCUAGUAAAACAUGGCAGAUGCGACCGGAGGAGUCUGAGGCCAGAUCAAAACCAAUGCCCAUCAUAAGUAGAGAAAAGUCAAUACCACUCACUAUGAAUGAACUUCUGGAGCAGUGUCCCGAGGAGAAAAUUAUGGAGGCUAAGCAACUGAGCUCUCUCUGGACCAACUACAUGAAAGAGAAUAAACCGAUGGCCGUAAAUACGUGAUGUGCCUGCCGAUGAUGUGGACCCACACAACAGGGCAGCUCGGGAUUCAGAUCUUUGUUACUAAUCUUGACAUACUCACGGUGGCUCACUAUGCAUUUGUAUGGACUGAAAAUAUCAAGGUGGAGUGAAAAAUGAUAAAUACCACAACCACUUUACCCCUGUUCUUUGUCACUUGAGUUUUGUGCCAAUUAAAUCGUUUUGUAUUAAUCACAAUUGGACAAGUUGGAUUAUCUCACCAUUGCUCACUUCUUCAGAGAGAAACAUCUGCAAAACAAUCGAAGACAUCUACUUGAAUCAUGUUAGACCAUUCCAUCCAGUUCAUGUCUAUUUAUAGAACUUGUCACUUGUUUGUCUAUUUCAGCAGUGUAAUGAUCAUGUUCUAUUUGGUGAAGCUUUGUUUUUAUGAAAUAUUUAUUGUAAAUAUAUCUCUUAUCGUUGUUUGUAAAGGAAUAAUGGUAUUAAAUGAUGCUCAA